AUGUUCCUACUCCACCCACGAUCCUCGUUAUCAGAAUUGCACAAGCCACAACUGCAGCAGCAACAUGGCCAAACAACAUAUAAAGGACAAAGUUACGAACAAGUAACAAAACUGCGCCAGCAAUACUUGACACCAAAUGUAACGUCUUAUUACAAAAAACCUUUGCUUAUUCACAAAGGAAGAGGUGCGCAACUUUUUGAUCAUGAAAAAAGUUAUUUAGAUAUGUUUGGAGGAAUCGUUACCGUUUCAGUUGGGCACUGUCAUCCGAAAGUAAAUGCAGCUCUGGAGGAUCAACUACGCAACUUAUGGCACACAACGAAUAUUUACAUGCACCCAAAACUACACGAGUAUGCGGAGAAGCUCGUUGCGAAGAUGCCCGGGGAUCUGAAGAACGUGUAUUUUGUCAAUUCUGGUUCGGAGGCAAAUGAUUUGGCCAUGAUGAUUGCGCGAUUGUACACCGGAAAUCAUGACAUAAUUAGUUUUCGAAAUGCCUACCACGGAGCGUCCCCGUACACAAUGGGUUUAACAGCGCAUGCAACCUGGCGUUAUGCACUGCCUGGGGUAAACAGCGGUAUUCAUCACGCCAUGAAUCCAGACCCUUAUACCGGAAUUUGGGGUGGAAAGCAAUGUCGUGAUUCCCCGGUACAAACCACCCGUGGUUGUGACUGUGCAGUGGGUCAAUGUAACGCAACAGACAAGUACUAUGAACAAUUGGAACAAAUUUUUAAAUUUUCGUUGCCAAGAGGCAAGGUGGCCGGAAUGUUUGCCGAAUCUAUUCAAGGAGUUGGUGGCACGGUGCAAUACACCAAGGAUUAUAUAAAACGAGCAGCUGAGCUUGUACGCGCGAAUGGGGGAUUGUUCAUAUCGGAUGAGGUACAAUCUGGUUUUGGUCGAACUGGAGAACAUUAUUGGGGCUUCGAAGCUCACGAUAUUGUACCAGAUAUUGUGACGAUGGCGAAGGGAAUUGGAAAUGGAUUCCCUAUUGGCGCUGUGGUUACGUCGCGCAAAGUUGCGAAUGUUUUAUCUCAGGCUUUACAUUUCAACACCUUUGGUGGUAAUCCCUUAGCCUGCGCUGUAGGCAUAGCCGUACUUGACGUCAUAGAUGAGGAGCAACUGCAGAAGAACUCAUUGGAAGUGGGUACUUAUUUCCUCAAGGGUCUUGAAAAAUUGCGCGAUAAGCACGAUGUCAUCGGUGACGUCCGUGGAAAGGGCCUAAUGAUUGGUGUAGAGCUGGUUGCUGAUAAGGAAACAAGACAGCAUUUGAGCGCACCACAUUUCGUCGACAUUUGGGAGAUGUGCAAGGACAUGGGGGUACUUUUUGGCCGCGGUGGUCUGAAUGCUAACGUACUUCGUAUUAAGCCUCCUAUGUGCGUUAAUCAAAGCGAUGUGGAUUAUGCACUGACGGUCAUUGAUUAUUGCUGUGAACAGUACAUGAAGAAACGGAAACGCGGGUGCAGGCGAUAAACUUCAUCAUUAAACAGUUUAUACAUUCGA